CAAUACGUUAUGUGUGCCUUUAGACUCUCCUUGUUGCCACAACCAACCAACAACACACUAUAAACUCGCUCCAGUCUCCAUCUCUAAACAAACCUGAAAACAUGCUAAAGAAAAAAAUAAUAAUAUAAAAGCUGACAGUUUUCCUGAUUUAUAUUCUUUACCACGUUGGAUCUAUCUACAUCCAUCAAUCAUUUAUUUUCUUUCUUCCUCUUCUUCUCAUUAUCUUCUCUCUCUCUCAAGAACAAGAGUUUUUUUUUUGUUUGUGCACUUUUUUUUUUGUUUGUCGAGUUUUGUAAAUCAAUAAGUAUGUCAAAGAUCACAAGCUUGAUGCAAGAAGAGGUAACGUUAGGUGAGGUUCCAAAGACGAGAGAAGACGCAUUUUCGGACAAUAAUCAUGUGUUGGAUAUUUGUCGGAAAAGAAAGAGAUCAGAUGAAGAAGAAGAAGAAGAACUUGUGGAGGAAGACAACGACGGCUUCAAAACACCGACCCGUCCGGAAAAUAGAAUCCCUGAGGUCAGAGAAUGCCCACCGGCUCCGAGGAAGGGCGAAACGGAAUACUUGGCGAUGCGCAGAGGUAACACAAUAUGGUGCCGUAGACGGUUGAGUUUCUCGCCGGAAAAUGCCGUCGGCUCGUUUAUAACGGACUUGCAGUGGAGGACAACGUCAAUGACGAUCAAGAAAUAAUUAAUAGAGAGAGAUAUUAAAGUUAGUUUUUUAUAUUUUAUUAUGACCAUUUUUAGGUCACGUUCGGAAAAUAUCUGAACGUUUUUUUCCCGCAGAUAGAUAACAAGAAAAUAGUUGAUUAAACUGGUUUUUUGUUUUUAAGUUCCUUCACUCUCAAAUAUAGAUUUCUAUUUCGAGAUGAUGAC